AUGGUUACAAGAAUACGGGAAUCGAGUGCGCGAGAGUUGUCUGACUUGGCCAAGGUAUCGACCCCUGCUCAGAACCUAGGCAGCAUGACUGCACCGCAAAUGACACAUUUUCACCAUGCUGUGAACGAGGCAACAAUUCUUACAGAGCCCUGGACCAUUUUACUCAUCAGGGCCUUCGCUAAGGCCGCCAUGAUACUUAUUAAUGAAGCUAAAGAUCUCCUGGAAUAUGGUAUGACUGCACCGGGAAAUACUGGUCAUGACUUUCAAGAGAGUAUGCGUCGUGCACAGGAAUGCGUUAAAGGACUUUGGAUAUUGGGCAAAAAGUCUGAUAUGGCAAGGAGGUCGGCAGAUACGUUAGUUGCAGCGAUGAAGAAGUUGAAAGUUUAG